AUGUCGGCCAUCGACGAGCUGAACACGUUGCUGCUGUCGCUGUCUGCGCUGAAGCCCCCAGGAGCCAACAAGUCGAAGAUCACCGCCAUUACCAACCUCUGCAUCGCGAACGCAAACCAAUGCCCCCAGAUCCUCCAGACGAUCCGCGACCGUUUCAAUACCUCUCCCAACACCCAUAAGCUUGGCGUACUUUAUGUGCUUGAUGCCGUCGUGCGGCAGUGGGCGGACAAGGCCCGGCUGAACAAGGAAGAUGCAGCAUCUGCAGGCUCUGACGUUUCCAAGGCGCCGAACUCCAUUGGAGUUGCCAUUGCGACCCAGCUGCUCCCUCCGAUGAUGCACGACCUUAUUCAGAACGCGCCAGAGGACCAGAAGGAGAGAAUUGGCAAGAUGAUUGAAAUCUGGGAACGCGGCAACACGUUUCCCCAGCAGAUGCUCGCCGACUUCAAGCAGCGUUUAGGAGCCCGUAAGAAUCUCCCCGGCUUGCAGGAACCGCACCAUGAGGCGAAACAAGGGUCUGAUAUCUUCGUAUCUGCAGCUGCGCCCCCAGCAACCGGAACUCCAACGGGUGCCACCUCUGACCCGACGGCUCAGCCGCAUACAGCACCAGUAGCUUCAGCUCCGCCCUCUGGUACAGUCUCACUUCUUGCAAGCCUUGCAAAUGUAGGAAAGCAGCAGACUGCCGCUCCGGCUCAAAAUGUCCAAUACCAAAACGGCACGCAAUAUGCCGCCCCUACUCAACCGCAGCAACAGAACGUAGGCACUUCUUUGACUGCUCCGCCCAUGCCUCCAUAUGUACCCCAGCCGAACGGCCAAGGUAAUGCCGCGCCUGCACCUGCUGCCGCACCGGCUCCCGCUGCGCCGGCCAAUCCUCUGAUGCCUCAGGCCUUCCAAAGUAUGCCCGGCGGCAACGAGGCCUUCAUGCAGUUCAUAGGCUCUUUGGUUCAGCAAGGCUGGAGCCCGGAACAAAUAGCUCAGGUCAUUGCUGCCAUGAGCGGUAGUGGUCAAGCUCUGCCCGGUAUGCCAAGUAUGCCGGCUGCCACUCAAGCUCCUCAGGCCCAGAACGCAUUCGCACAAGCUGCGCCUAAUGGUCAGGCCCAAGCUGCACAAGAUUAUAGGAGUAGAGAUGAUCCUCGCGACUUCGAUCGCAACCGUGAUCGCAGCCGCUCCCCAGAUUCGAAGAAUCGGCGCACGUCUCCGGUGAACCGCCGUGAGAGCCCGACGUAUGGUGUUUACGACCCCUAUACUGCACCCGGUGCUCCUGAUGGGCCUGCUGGUGGACCUAGUGGCGGAAACGGUCAGCAGUCCAGUGAGCACGGUGGCAACCGUCGUGGUGGUAGGAAAAAUAGGAGAAACCGUGAUAAGCAUCGCAACUCGCCCGCUGUUCAGCAACAACAACAGCAGCAGCAGCAGCAGCAGUCGCAGCAACAAAAAGGCACAAACACUAGGCCUAAGUACAUCCAGCAUGACCCCACUUUACCGAGGGGCAACAUCAAGGUGCUUAGCCGUACUUUGUUCGUAGGAGGUGUCUCGGCCACAGAGCAGGAGCUCCGGCAGAUAUUCAGCCGCUUUGGCGAGGUCCAGACCUGCAUCGUCAAUCCGGAAAAGCACCAUGCCUUUGUCAAAAUGGCUAACCGUACUGACUCUGUUCAAGCAAAACUUGGCAUGGAGAAGGAGAAGAAUCCACAGAUUCUCAACAAGGCUCGUCAGACUCGUUGGGGUGUAGGCUUCGGUCCCCGCGAGUGCAGUGACUACAGCACUGGCAUAAGUGUUAUUCCCAUUGAACGCCUGACGGAGGCCGAUCGUAAGUGGGUCGUCACGUCCGAGUACGGUGGAACGGGUGGACGGGCUCUUGAAACUGGCCUCGUGAUUGAAGAGCCGGACAUCGAGAUCGGAACCGGUGUCUCAUCCAAAGCCAUGAGUCGCCGCGUCGGCCCCGAGCCUACAGGUAAGCACGGUCACUUCCAUGGCCGGCGCAACCAUCACGGAGGUCACCAUGGCGGCGGUUUCGACCCGAACGCGCCGCGCUUCCGCAAGCCCGAUCCGCGCCCCGGUGGACCCCAGGGAGGGGAACCUCGGCCAGAGCCUCACACGAUUGGCGUGCCCCCGGCCGUUCCGGGCUUCGGCUUCCAGCUGCCCGACGUCUGGGACGGGUGGAUGCUGCAGGUUUCCGCAAUUCUCUGA